CCCAACGCGAAUUAAUUUCCCAUUUCACUACAAUUCACCAGUACCUGCACCGUAGCAAUCAAUUGUUCGAAAUGCCUCCCCAAGACAAAUACACAGACCCCGAGCUUCGAGAUGAAGUCAAGGAAGAGAUGAAGCAGAGCGACAAAGGGGGCAAACCCGGUCAAUGGUCUGCGAGGAAGGCCCAGAUGAUGGCAUCGGAGUACAAAAAACGCGGCGGCGACUACACAACCUCCAAAGAAAAUGGCCAAGACGAAUCCCAAAAGAACCUCGAACAAUGGGGCAAUGAGGAAUGGCAAACGAAAGAAGGAUCGGGUACUGCUAAAAUGAGCGACGGAACUGAGAAGCGUUAUUUGCCCAAAAAGGCUUGGGAGAAGAUGAGCGACAAAGAAAAGGAAGCGACGGAUAAGAAGAAACAGGAGGGUUCAAAGAAGGGGAAGCAGUAUGUUUCUAAUACGGGGGAGGCAAAGGGGGGAAGGAAGAAGGCGAGCGAGGAGACGAAGGAAGAGAAGGCCAGAGAGGAAGAGGAAGAGCAAGACAGUGAGGGCGCAAGUGAAGCUGAAUAUCAGUCUGGAGACGAGCCUGAGGAUGGCCAUGAAGACGAGAGAAGCAAAGAAAAUGAAAAGGAUGAGAAAGAAGCUGGAAAAAAGCGCGGUGCUUCUCAAGGCAAGGAAUCGAACAAAAAGCCAAAAACCCGUCAGGACAGUCGGGCUGAGCGUGAUGCAGCCGAGGGCGACAGACAAGCGGAUGAGUGA